AUGGCCACAGCACUUCUCAGACGGCAAUUGCUGCAAUCCAGCAGCCAUGCAAGGACUUUCAGCUCGAGUCCUAUCGUUGCUGCCGGCUCCGUUAAGAAGCUCGGUGUAAUUGGGGCCGGACAGAUGGGUCUGGGAAUAGCCCUUGUUGCUGCCCGAAACGCUGGUGUCCCAGUGACUCUCCUUGAUACUUCCCAGGCUUCAAUUGACAAAGGCCUCAAGUUCGCUGGCAUCCGUCUCACCUCGACUACCAACAUGGACGACCUCUCAUCGGUCGACUUCGUCAUCGAAGCCGUGCCCGAGAUCCCAUCCCUAAAGUUCGACAUCUUCUCUCGCCUUGGCCAAAUCGCCCCGGCGCACGCGAUCCUGGCCACCAACACCUCAUCCAUCUCUAUCACGCGCAUCGCAGCGGCCACGACCCAGGACCCAACCAACACCUCGGUGUCAUCGCGCGUUGUCGCAACGCACUUUAUGAACCCCGUCCCCAUCCAGAAGGGUGUCGAAAUCAUCUCUGGACUCCAGACCAGCCAGGAGACUCUGGAUACCGCAGUUGAAUUCUGCAAGGCAAUGGGAAAGAUCCCAUCUGUGUCGGCUGACAGGCCUGGUUUCCUCGCAAACCGCAUCCUGAUGCCAUAUAUCAACGAAGCUAUCAUCUGCCUCGAAACCGGCGUCGGCCAGCGUGACGAUAUUGAUGCCAUUAUGAAGAACGGCACCGGUGUUCCCAUGGGUCCGCUUCAGCUUGCGGACUUCAUUGGCAUUGACACCUGUCUCGCAAUUAUGAAGGUGCUGUAUGAGGAUACUGGAGACUCGAAAUACAGGCCUAGCGUUCUGCUGAAGGGCAUGGUGGAUGCUGGGUGGCUCGGAAAGAAGAGCGGGAAGGGCUUCUACGACUAUUAA